AUGUCACUGAAGAAGAAGACGCUAAAGCAGCGUCUUCGUAAGAAUGAAAUGAGGCAACGGCAGAAGGUCUCCAAAGAUGUUCGGAAGCGCGUGCGUACCGGUCGCCGUCAAUGCAAUCGCUUCGACGACAUUGAAAGCGGGUCACGGCCCCUUCAAGAGUUAGUCGAGGAAAUAGCAGCAGGUUCGGCCGCCCCUACGCGUGAAGUGGCCUUAGACCCACGAAGCCUUACCGAUCUACUCCUUCAAACUUCAGCUUCUCUCAGUAACACCAACAGUGGUGGUAAAACAGCAGCAAAACCUAAUGUUGGCAGGGGCAACAGUGAGUCUGAUGGUAAACCAAGAUUAGUCCUUCCGGAGGCACCGCUUCCAGAGGACCAUCCCCUCGCUCUGCCAGAGGUUCAACUCGGUGAAGACGAGCUGGGCGGUGGGAAGGACACUAACUCAGUUCCAGGGGGAAAAAAUCAGUAUCGGCACCACGGUGAUCCGUACGUCUUCUGGGAGCGUGUUGGGCUUCAUCCACUCCUUCUUAAAGCCUUGAGAACUAUGCGUUUCACCCAUCCGACUCCCGUUCAGGAAGAGGUGCUUCCAAGUGUUCUCUCACAAAACGUUGAUGGUCGUGCAGUUGGAGGGAAAGAAAAGAUUACCCCUGGAAAGGGCAAGUCUGGAGGACGUGGUUGGGAAAAAGAUGUUAUCAUCUCUGCGGAGACUGGAAGUGGAAAGACUUUGGCCUUCGCAAUCCCUAUUCUGCAACAUGUUUUGACCAACGUGCUGGUGAAUGAAGUAACGCAAGGUCCGGACGGGAAAAUUGGAAACGAGGAGACGGCGAAUGCAGCAAAGGGAAAGGAGGGUAAGGGGAAAAAAACAAAAGGUGGAGGAAAAUCUACUGAAAGGGGGAAAAGUGAAAGCUUUAAAAAAAGUCGAAAGCGGCUGCGCGAAGGAGAGGAGGAAGGGGAACAGCUCACUACAGCACCUCCCACAACUACCUUCAAACUUCAAGGUCGGCUCAUGCAAGCGCUGAUUGUUUCACCAACUCGUGAGUUGGCACUCCAAAUUAGCGAGGCGAUGCAGCAGCUUGUACAACACGCUCCUCAGGUUAUCGUUGGUUGUGUUGUUGGUGGCAUGGCACCAGAAAAGCAACAACGUGUGCUCAACCGCCACCCGCAUGUUCUCAUAUGCACACCAGGUCGCCUCUGGGAACUGAUGCAAAAGAACGAGGGAUGCUAUUUGGGUCACAGCCUCAGCCGACGCCUUUCUUAUGUAGUUCUUGAUGAAGCCGAUAAGCUCCUGCAGUCCGGUCGUUUCGAGGAGCUGAAAAAUUUGCUGGAGCGUAUCCACUGCGAAAUAUUACCCGCCGGUUACGUGCAGGAGCGGGAGGAAGGGGCGGAGGCGGGAGAUGCAGAGCUUGAGGCCGGUUUUUGGGAUGCGGAAAAGCAGAAGUUUGUGCCUUUUCCAAAGGAUUCUCCCACUGGCGACGACGAUAAGAAGGAAACGCCUCAGCUAAGGACUUCCAGGAAGGAUGAGCCCCGCCUCAUUCCAAUGCCGCCAGAUCCACCGGAAGGUCAUCGCGUCACAACGUUUGUUACUAGUGCAACACUUUCGCUUCAAACAAACUAUGUGCGGAGAGACAUGCGCGCCAAGAAAACUGUGAUCCGUACCUCCAAUGAAGACACAAUGGGGAAAGUGUUACAGCAGUUGGAAAUAAAGCCUUCAAACGCCCACGUCUUCACUAUUUCACCCAAAGUUGAUGUUGCCGCCAAAAUACAUGAGACGUACCUUCGUUGUCCCGGGGACAGUAAAGACCUUUAUUUGUAUUAUUUCCUCAAGAUGUACCGUGAGAGGUCGAUUGUGUUUGUUAAUGCCAUAUCUAUGCUUCGUCGCCUUGUAAAGUUGUUAGAAGUGUUGGGCAUACCUGUGGCUGGUCUGCACGCUUCACUUCAGCAACGGCAGCGGCUAAAGUUCAUUGACAAGUUUAGAAAGGGCGAGAAGCGUGUUCUGGUGGCUACCGACAUCGCCUCUCGCGGGUUGGACGUGGAAGGAGUUCGGUACGUGGUUCACUUUCAGGUUCCGCGUUCUACCGAUGCUUACAUCCACCGCUGCGGUCGCACAGCACGGUGUGGAGGGACUGGUCUUUCUCUUCUUAUGGUAAAUGCGCAAGAACAUGUCUCAUUUACAAAGCUAAUGGGCUCUCUCGGGCGCAGCACUGGCGAUUUGGAAGUGUUUGCACUUCAACCAACCAUCGUUCAUCAACUGCAUGCACAUCUAAAAGUAGCUUUGCAGAUUGAUAAGCUGCAAAAAGAGAUUGACAAAUCAAGGGCAAAUAAUAAUUGGGCGCGCCGCAUGAGCCGUGAGGCCGAUGUGGAUGUCGACGAUUUGAUCGACGAUGACGCAGACACUGAAAAUAAGGCGAAGGAAAAAGCAAUCAAGAUACUACGUAGACGUCUGAUGCUUCUAGGAGAAAAAGAUAUGGGGACGUCAGGUGGAAAAGGAAGUUUCCGCAGCAGCGCCCAGGCGAUAGGCGCAAAGCAGGCCGAAUCCAAGCUUGUUGAACGUGCUCAACUGCAGGUUACUCAGAAGCCUAAGAAAGGGUCCAAGGUUGUGAAGAAAGCUGGAGCCCGAAAAAAUACAGAGAAGGAGUAG